UUUUUUUUUUUUUUUUAAACCUAAUUAAUCUUAUUUUGUUCUUAGCUAAAUAUUUUAUACACAAGUGUAAAUUUAGUAAGAGUACGCCUCUGUUAAACUUUUUUUUUCUUGUGGACUUAAAAGUUUACAUAGAUUUCAUUUCUGAUUCUUCUAAGAAGAAAGCUGUGAAACCACGGAAUCUUUUUAAAAGGUUACAACCCCUUCUAGCCCCUGGUACAUAACUUCUUGUCAUUCUGUAUUUUCCUGUGUUACUUAGGAUUAAAUAAAGAGGAAAAAUUAAACGGGGAAACCACGUCACUGCACCUUUUACUCCACAGUCAUCUGACUAGAAAGUUCACACCUCUGACGGGAAAUUCCAGUCCAACCACUAUCACUAUCAAUACCACUACAUUUCUCCAUGUCAGUGCUGUUGAACCCGGAGAUACACAGCACAGUCCAAUGUACUUAGCUCUUACAGACAGCAGCCUCGAGUCGGAGCAAUGUCUGGAAGUAUCAAAGCCUUCUCAAUAAACUACAACCCGGUUAACGAAAGUAACACGUUUACAAAUGGCGAUAUUCUUCAGGGGACAAUUGUUCUGCAAGUCAGCAAAGAGGUCAAAAUUGACAAACUUUUUGUAAAGUGUAAAGGGGACGCGAAUGUGCACUGGACCGAAUCAAACGGCACCAAUAACUCGGACGACUCCUACAGCGCUCAUGAGAGAUACUUCAAAAUCAAACAGAUCUUAAUUUGGGACAACUCUAAGAUGGAACAAAAUGGAGACAUACUUGUAAGACAUGGGGAGACAUACAAGAAUUUGGUUAUGCCAGGACACCAUGCCUUUCCGUUUUCAUUUCAGCUUCCUCGUGGGAACACACCAUCAUCUUUUAAAGGAUCCCACGGAUCAAUUACAUAUGCUCUUCAGGCCAGACUGAGUAGAUCAUGGAAGAUCCCUCAAACUGUAACGAAGGAAUUCACCUUUGUGUCAACCUUUCAUGGAAAUGGAUCUCAUUUAAUGAGACCACUUUCUGGGUCCGUAGACAAAAAGCUGAAACUUUUCACCUCUGGAAGUGUCUCAAUCAAAGCAUCUACUGACAAAGAGGGCUACAUGCAAGGUGAGAGAAUCAAGGUUGAAACCCAUAUUGAAAACUCUUCAUCUCGUGCUCUGAAGCUAAAAUUUAAACUUGAACAAAACCAGAUGUUCAUCGCCCAAUCUCGACAUAAACAUGCAGCAAAAGUUAUUUUCAAAGCUGUGGAAGAUCCCAUUCCACCUAGAUCUAAGAAAACAUUCACUAGUAGGCUGAAGAUCCCUUCGAACUUGGACCAAACAAUCACAGACUGUAACAUUAUUAAAGUGGAGUACAUGCUCAAGGUGUAUUUGGAUGUUCCUUAUGCUAGAGAUCCAGAAAUUAUAUUUCCAGUGGUGAUUAUCCCAGCAGGCCAAUACAGCUUUCCACAGCCAAACCAAGUAGAUUCCUAUGCCAGUCAGAACAGACGGGAAUCAAUAGGCACAGGUUCUGCAUUCCAGCCAGCAUUUGUUGCCUUCCCCCCUGUUCCUGCUGCUACUGCCUUUGGACCAGCUCCUAAUGUAUACCCAAGUGUAUACACUCAGCCAGCCAAUCCAGUGGAACCACCACCUUCUUAUACAGACAUCUUUCCAGACUCAAAUCCAUCAGCAUCAGGAUUCAACCCAUCUCUAUUACCCUUCAGUCCGCCACCAUACACCGUUAUGGGUUCUUCACCUGCCCCUCACCACCAUACACCAGAGUGUCCAACACCAGAGUGUCCAGGCGCUGCAGGAUACUGGCAAAGUCCAGCAAAUCCAGAUUUUUAUCCUACUAAAUAGACUGAAUUAUCAGAACAGCAUUCACCACCAUAACCAUUUUCAGUGCAAUACAAAAUGAUAUUGAACCAAAUUGUCAUGGUUGAUAUGUCAGUGCUUUUUUUUUUGGUUAGGGGAAAAUGUGUACUACUGUUCCCAUUUACUUUCUUUAUAUUUUUCAUGCAGAGAACUAUAUUUUUUCUACAUUUUGUUUGAUUUUAUAAACCAAAAUCAAGUAUAUUCAUAGAGUUCAAUCAUAUAUACAUGUGUGUGAGUGUGUGUAUACCAAAAUAAAAGCAGAUGAAAAUAACAGCGAGAAAAAGAUAAUAAUAGCCUAACCUAAUAAUAUACAGUCUGUUGGGGGAUAAAUAACGCUGCAACCAGUCACUCUUUAUACACAUGUAAUAAUAGGUUACCUUACAUAUACAAUCAAUCAGAUUCUCUAUCUAUAUUGAUUAAUGUUUAAGAUCAAUUAUGGUUUUACAUGUCUGAUCCCAAUAUUAAGUUAUUGUGAUUACAGUCUUGUUCAAGAUGGGCAAUAUCUAUUAAUUAGGAUAACCACAGAUGUUUUGGCAGACUUUUAGGUGGGAACCCUGAGCAAACUAUAGCUUUCUUUGCCGCUGUAAACCCUGAAAAUGGAAACUUUCUUUGGUAUAGUUGUAAUGGAAUUAUAGAGUGAUCAUUAAGGAGAAAUAAAGAUGGGUUAGCCUCCACUGUUAAACCCAACAUAUGUGUUCAAUCUUUAGAGACAUGUAUCCAAACACUGGAAAUAACUGGACAUUCACAAAAUAUGUGCAUGUAGUUACCCACUUCUCCAUUAUGGCAUCUAUCACAUAUGGAUGUGUGGUGAUAAGCUUCAUUUUAAAUAGUCUUAAAGGAGUGCAAUAUAUUCUAAGAAUCAGUUUAUUAUUUAUCAUUUGAUGGGCUGGAUUCUGGAACUUGCGAAGGUGUUUGCCCAAAUUAUAUCCUGGUCUGAUUGAAAACCUACUUUCUCCAUUUCAUGAUUCCACACCUCAGUAAUACCAAGGGAACCAUAUGGGGUACUGUAUGAGUUGUGGUGUUACUGUUCCACUCCAUGGGACCCCAUAAGCUUUCAGUGAGAAUCGAAGCUACAAAUACAAAAAACAUGAGAAACCAGGAAGGGCAAAUGAAUUAGCUAUUAUAGGACUAUUUUUUACGAGACGUGAUUAGUGUGUCUUCUGUUAAUCUCCAAGGCGUAUCAUGUGGAGCCUGAAUAUCUAUCCAUAUACAUAGGGGUUUAGUUUGAAAGUAAAGAUAUAAUUUGUAAUCUUCAAGUGACGAUGUUGUUGUUGUUAGCACGGUGGCUUAGUGGUUAGCACAUUCGCCUCACGCCUCCAGGCCGGGGUUUGAUUCCCGCUGGGGCCACGUGUGUGCACCUGCGUGCACGUGUGUGAAACCCCUGCGUCUCCCUGCAGGGGUUUCUUCUGGGUACUCUGGAUUCCUCCCCCAGUCCAAAGUCAUGCAAAGGCUGAUUGGAGUGUAUGAAUGGGUAUGUGAGUGUGCCCUGCGAUGGUGUAGCCAUUGAUGUGCCCUGGGCUCCAGGUUCCCCGACCCUGAAGAAGGAGUAAACGGUAGAAGAUGGAUGGAUCUUAAAGACUGAGGGAUAUCUUAAAAGGAUAUAGUGAUACUUUAUUUUGUGUGUUAUUUAUUAUUAUAGGUGAUAAUAAGUGAUCCUGCUUAGUUCUCUGACCUGGAGGUUCUAAGAAUAAUGCAAACAGAAUUACUGAUGGAGAUCAUCCUUGACAGGACCCUCAUUUAAGUAGAAAUAGUUCUGAGAUUAUAUUGCUAGUUUUUUCGAAUAGAAUAUAAGGCUUUAAUCAUUUGGAUCCAAAGCCAAAUUGGUUAAGUAAUGCCCGCAAAUAGUUCCAUUCAAGCGUAUCAAAGGCCUUCUCAGGAUCUGAGCGAAAAAGUGCAGCUGCAGUGUGAGAAGACUCUGAAAUAUCAAAUGUCUGUUGGUUUUUUUUUGCCCCAGCUCACUCUGGUUAACCAACGGAAUAACAUGAUAGGCACAUGUAUUUCAUGAUGCAGCACUUACCUUUCACAAUUUUAACACUAAGACCUCUGAGAACAUUUACAAUCAAUAAAAAAAAUCCAG